UUUCCUUCCCGCUGCCCCUGGGGUCAGGUGGCUUGAAUCACUUGGCGAAUGACCAGCAGGUGGGCAGAUGUCCGAGAGACCGGCGCGUAGGAAGGGCCAGCGCUUCCGAGUGAGCAGCCGAGGUCCCAUCUCCCGGCGGUUCCCGAGCGGUGCGGGCAGGGGAGAGGGACGCUCCCGAGAAUGCACGGCUGCUGAGCUAGAGAGCGGCUUGGGCACUCACCUGGGCAUCGAGCUGGCACACACUGGCCGCGGGUCCCUCCGCACAGCGAGCCCGGGGCCGCCGCCGCCCGCAGCAGUCGGAGGUGCCAGGGGAAACCACCACCACCAAUCCGCUUAGCCGGACUGCGGAGAUUUCGGCGGGCACACCUCCCCAAAGAAGCCGGACUCCCCCGGGACCGCCUCCAGGUGGACCCAAGCGCACCCCGUUCACACUGUCGCUGGCGGAGCCGCGGGGGUCCUGAGCAGACCGCUGCCUCUGAUCCCACCCCGCAGCCCGGCUGCGAGCAGCGGGAGAAGGAGCGGAGUGGACGCCGGAGACCACCGGGGAAGAGGCACCGCUGCGGCCGAGGCCUUCCCCAAGCGCGGCGCCCCGCACCCUCGGCCGGCCAUGGCCGACAGCGGCGGCACGGGCAGCUCGGGCCCCUGGUGGAAAUCGCUGGUGAACAGCAGGAAGAAAAGCAAGGAGGCCUCGGUGGGGGUGCAGCCUCCCGCCCAGCCUGCCCCCGGGGAGCCCGCGCCGCCCAGCCCGGACUGGACUAACAGUUCCCAGGAGAAUCAGCACCCCAACCUCCUGGCGAGCGCCGGCGAGCCCCACAAGCCAGACAAGUUGUGCGCGGACAAAGCCGGCAACAGCCGCCGCAAUUUGAAGAUCUCGCGCUCUGGGCGCUUCAAGGAGAAGAGGAAAGUCCGCGCCACUCUGCUCCCAGAGGGGGUCCGAGCCCUGGAGGAGGCGGACUGCCCUGGGGACCCCCAGGAGGACCAGCCGUAGCGGGCGGACUCUCUUCCCACCGCGGCUCCCCAACCCCCAGCCCCAACCCCGAGAAUUCUGGCCUGCCUCUGAGCGUGGUGUCUCAGUCCCACCAAAUUAGAAUAUCCACACGCGAUUUCACGUUCCUGGAAAUGGAAGUGUCAAUUGAGUUUUCAAUAGUCCGAGACUCAAGGCUGCAUUGAAUAUUUAUUUGUGGUAAGAGAAGAUGCCCGCCACCCAGGAAGUCGGCCUAAUUAUUAUCUUCAAAAAGCUCUUCUGUGGCCUCCACCCUUGUAUCACCUGUGGGAGCGAGAGGGGCACCGCCGCUCUGAGAGAUGGCAGCGCCCCUGGAAUUGUGCAGACCUCCGGUGGGGAAGGCGCGCUCUGAUUAGGAGCUUGCUGUUGGAGAGCCAUCCCUGCUGUUUUCAAUGCCUGAGAAAUGCACUUUAGAAGCACUUGUGUAGACCUACACCUUGCGUGAAGGAAUGGGGGAGAGCAGGAAACCUUCUACGUAGAGGCCUGUUGAGUAAGGCAAGGUUGCUUUCAACCUCGGCCUACGAAACUGUCCUGCCUGUUUUAGUACUAUUAAAACUGUUGCAUUGUAA